GGAGAGGGCGGACGUGUCGGCGCCGCGCGGAAGUUGGUCGCGUGUGUUGUGUUGUGACGAUGGUGCGGUGUAGGCGCGGGCUGCGGCCGGCGUGCGUGAUACUAUGGCUGCUGAUCUGCGUUUAUGAAAUGGACGCUGUGAGGAUAGUGAAAUUAACAGUGCCAGAAGUGAUUCAGUUCGGAGCUGAGGACUCCGCGUUGUUGGACUGUGACUUCGAGUACGGGAACGACACGCGCGGGCUGGUGCUGAAGUGGUUCUUCCAGAGCCGGACGCGGCCCGUGUACCAGUGGAUCGCGGGCCACCAGCCGCAGGCCAUCGGCAUUCUGCGCGGGCGGGUAGACCUGACGCACCGCGCGUCCGCCGACCCGCUGACCGAAUACCGCGCGUUGCGCAUCGUCAGGUUGGGCACCGAUGUCUCCGGCAACUACACCUGCGUCGUCUCCACGUUCAUGGCCGAGGACGUCGCCACGAAGCACAUGACUGUGUUCACGCCGGAGACGAGUUUCCGUCUGAUCCAGAACAAGACUGAUGACGACACCGUCAAUGUGAUCUGCGCGGCCGAUGGCGCCUUCCCCGCGCCCAUCCUCACACUUUCUACGCCUGACAGGCGUCUGGAAGGCGUGAACCAGACCACGGAGCUGGUCGGAGACCGGUACUCCGCCGUUGCCAUGGUAACGCUGCGAGACGCAGACCUGCCGUCACCCGCUGCGUUUGUGUGUACGCUGCGGAUAGCAGAAGCCAACUACGUCGUGAGGAAGGAGGCUAUUUACUACCCAGGUCCAAUCAGCACAACGCCAGAAUUACCAACAGCAGCUGACAUGCAGCUUGCCGCAGCAGCGGGUUUACCUGGUAUGGCGUACACGCUACACGCUGCGCUAGCGCUGGCUCAAAUAUUGUUAAAUUGAUGUAUCGCUGAGAUAUUGUUGUUAUAAAAUUUAAGAAGAAUCUGCACAGUAAAUUGGCAUAAAAUGAUUUAAAGAAACAAAUUAUUGCAAAAAAUUAAUAUAUUCCAACGGCCGC